CAGAGUUUCUGCUCCGCAAAACUUAUUCGCAUAGUUAGGCAGCAAGCUGCAAUACGAAUAGCAUGACCAACACCAACACCACCCCAGCAGUCAUAACAUGCAAAGUAUAUGUUUGCAGCUGCUGUGAUAAGGAAAUCAUGGGAGCCACUGCAAGUGGAGGAGAUUCAAGUGGAUCCUCCAAAAUCUGGUGAAGUUAGGAUCAAGAUGCUCUGCGCCAGUAUGUGCCACACUGAUAUGACAUGCUGCAAUUCUGGCUUCCCUGUUCCUUUUUUCCCUCGGAUCCCUGGCCAUGAAGGAGUAGGUGUGGUGGAGAGCGUUGGAGAGCAGGUGACAAACCUCAAGGUAGGAGAUAUAGUUAUGACACUCUAUCUGGGAGAAUGUGGAGAAUGCCUAAAUUGCAGUUCAGGGAGGACAAACUUAUGCCAUAAAUACCCGCUCGGUUUCGAUGGCCUAAUGCCUGACGGCACAUCAAGAUUGUCGGUUGGAGGGGAGAGAACCUACCACCUUGUAAGCUGCUCCACCUGGUCUGAAUAUGCUGUCAUAGACGCCAAUUACACCGUCAAAGUAGACCCCAGACUCUCUCCUCCCCAUGCUAGUUUCCUUUGCUGUGGUUUCACAACUGGUUUCGGAUCAAGCUGGAGAGAAGUCAAUAUCGAAAAGGGCUCAACUGUUGCGGUAAUUGGCCUUGGUGCUGUUGGACUUGGGGCUGCAAAGGGAGCUCAAUUGCAAGGGGCCUCGAAGAUAAUCGGGAUAGACAUAAACGAGUUGAAGAAGGAGAAAGCAAAGGCCUUUGGAAUCACAGACUUCAUCAAUCCUAAGCUCUCUGACAAAUCUGUAUCAGAGUUGAUCAAAGAAGCCACUGGAGGGCUUGGAGUAGACUACUGUUUCGAGUGCUCAGGCGUGCCGGCCCUCGUCAACGAGGCCAUCGAGGGCUCAAAGAUGGGACUUGGGACAAUAAUGGUUCUUGGUGUGGGACCUGGGAAGAGUGUGGAGGUCGACUACAUCCCCCUCUUGUGUGGUAGAACUCUGAGGGGUUCCACCUAUGGUGGAGUAAGAACUCAAUCUGAUCUCCCUAAAAUUAUUGAGAAAUGUGUAAACAAGGAAAUUGAUCUUGAUCAGCUCAUCACUCAUGAGGUUUCACUUGCUGAGAUUAACAAAGGUUUGGAGUACAUGAAGCAGCCCAACUGUGUUAAGGUUGUUAUCAAGUUCUAAGGGAAAUUCAGCAAAUUACUGCUCUUUCUUUCUCCUCUUCCAUAUUUUUUUUCCUUUUAUUACAUAUAUUUGGUGUGUCAUUUGAAGCUGUCAGAAUCAGAAUCAGAUUGUGUAUUGACAUAUCUAAAAUAAAGAUAGCUUUGUAACAUCAUCCCCCGCCCCCCAAAAAAAUAAAAAAUAAAAUAAUUAUAAUAAAGACGCUUGAUUUUUUC